CCCUCAACACUCAACCGCCCUCACCCCAAAUCUCAAUUCCUCGCAUGUCCUCUUGAGAGACCUCCCAACCUCGCCGGCCGGAGAUUCUCGAAACCCAAACGAUGGCGGUGGAGCUGAUGAACUUCCCGGGAUGGAAGAAGAUGGAAGAUAGCAGAAGGCCAUACAGGCAAGCGGCAUCACAAGGAUUGCAGAGCAUGGAGCACCUGAUCCGGUUCCUCUCUCAUCAGCAGCAACAGUCAAACAACCAAUCGGCCCGCGUCGACUGUACGGACAUCACCGAUCACACCGUCUCCAAGUUCAAGAAGGUCAUCUCCCUCCUCAAUCGGACCGGCCACGCCCGGUUCCGACGCGGUCCGGUUCAGCCGGUUCACUUCCCUACUUCUCACCCCUCGUCUUCACAAACACUCAACUUAGCUUCGGCUCUAAAUCUUACUCCGACUCCGGCGCCGGCUCCAGUGACUACUCCGGCUAUCGUCCCUUCGACUCCGAUCGAGUUGAGUUUCGUCCAAUCCCAGCCACACAGCAUGACGCUCGACUUCACGAGGCCCAACGCCUUCACGUCGAACCCGAAGAGCGCGGAGAUUGAGUUCGCGAAGGAGAGCUUCAGUGUCUCGUCGAGCUCGUCAUUCAUGUCGUCGGCGAUCACCGGAGACGGCAGCGUUUCGAACGGGAAGCUCGGAUCGUCGAUCUUCUUGGCGCCCGCCCCGGCCGUUUCCGGUGCGAAGCCUCCCCUCUCUACGGCGCCGUAUAAGAAGAGGUGCCACGAGCACGACCACUCCGACGACACGUCGUGCAAGUUUUCCGGCUCGGGAUCUGCUUCCGGCUCCGGCAAGUGCCAUUGCUCCAAGAGAAGGAAAAAUCGGGUGAAGAAAACGAUUCGUGUGCCGGCGAUAAGUUCAAAAAUCGCGGAUAUUCCAGCGGACGAGUACUCCUGGAGAAAGUACGGUCAGAAGCCGAUCAAGGGCUCGCCUUACCCAAGGGGAUAUUACAAGUGCAGUACGGUAAGGGGGUGCCCGGCGAGGAAACACGUGGAGCGCGCUCCGGAUGAUCCUGCGAUGCUGAUCGUAACGUACGAAGGGGAGCACCGGCACGCGCCGGAGAACGUGGGGUUGGUGUCUGAGUCGACGUGAGUGAAAGUGGGUAGAAAGAAAAGAAAAGUGGGUAGAAAGAUGGAUUUGUUCCAGCAGUUUGAAGUAGUUGAGAGGAAGGUGGUGGAACUGGAAUGGAUGUAAAUUUUUAUUUUUAUUUUUAAAUCUUGUAGUUUAAUUAAGUGGAUAAUGGGAAACAAAUUGAGGGAAGAAUCUCAAUCUGUCUCAGCGGUGUUUAAUUUAACUAAUUUUACUUCUUUCCAAAUUAUUUAA